AUGGAUGCAUCAGCCAUGAAAGCCCGAAGUUUCCUCGGCUUCAUGAGCAUUCGAUCGGGGCUCGUUGUCGUGGCGUUAUUGCAAGUUAUCGUCGGCGUUUGCUUGUUCAUGUCCUUCAAGUUCAUUAGGCCGAGCCUCGUGGGAGUUGGGUAUUUCCUGCUGGCGACGAACUGUUUGAGCGCAUUACUGGGCCUCGUCUUCCUCAUUCUGGUCGUCCUGACAUUUUCUGACGUCAUUGAGUUGUUACCUCCCGCCCCGAAAGAAGCUCCAGCAGCAGGGUUCAGGCAGUUUGAUAUUGAAGCGACAUACAAAGCCAGAGCACAAGCAGCGUUCAACAGACUUCGCGCCAAUCCCGUUUUCGCUAGCGUUCUGCAGCAUGUUCACAUCGACGAGCCUUUAGAUAUUACAAAGUCUCUUCAUCUUCCGCCCCUUGAAAUUCCAAAGCUGGAUAUCCCAGACUAUGAACACAUGCCAUUUGUACCGCACGCGAAUCAGACUGCUGGAGAGAGCGGUGAAGUUUCGACUGACGAGUUGCCUCCAAAGUAA